AUCUUGGUGAAGGUAAACCCUGAGCUCCCGGGGGAGACGUGACAGCCUCUGACCUGGGGCGGAAGGGGAGCAGCGAUGUUGUUACGUGCAAAGACAUGUCCAAACAGACAAUGUUAACUUUCCAGGAUGAAGAGGAUAGCAUCUUUGAGGAUGAAAGCAUGAAACUACGGCAGCUGAAACUAGAGAAUCAGAGAGCUCUUCUAGAGAAGAAGCAGAGGAAGAAACGUCUUGAUCCGUUGAUGGUACAGCCAAAUCCUGAGGCAAAGCUGCGUAGGUCAAAGACCAAAGGGUGUGAGGAGCAAACUCCUUUAGUAGAAACUCCUGUUCCUUUCCACAGUGAUGUUAUGUUACAUGGCAUUGAUGGACCAGCUGCUUUCCUGAAAACAGAAAUGCAAGAUUUGGGAACCAAGCUCCAAACUCUCUCUGCUGGAUCUUCCAAAACAGAACACAAUGCAGAUCAGGAAAAUGAUAGAGAGGCUCUAACAGACCUAGCAGGCAAGCCAGAUCUGCAAGAAAUCUUACAGAAACGAGGAAUUUCAGGCAGUUUGAAUUUUGAUGAGGAGGACACAGAAGAGGAAGAAGCUAGUAAGAGACCAGCAUCUCAUUCACCUGACUCUGAGAGGCCUAGAUCUGCAACCAGUGAGAAAUCUUUUGCAGAAACAGGUGCUUCCUGUAGUCCAACCCCUCAGGCAGAUGCACAGCUGGGAGAAGUAGAGAACUUGGAGGAUUUUGCGUUACGCCCUGCACCCCGUGGUAUUACAGUCAAGUGUCGAAUCACUAGAGAUAAGAAGGGAAUGGACCGGGGCCUCUUCCCUACUUAUUACAUGCAUCUGGAAAGGGAUGACAACAGAAAGACAUUCCUUCUUGCAGGGAGAAAACGAAAAAAGAGCAAAACAUCCAAUUACCUCAUAUCAGUUGACCCAACUGAUUUAUCCCGGGAAGGGGAAAGCUUCAUUGGAAAACUCAGGUCAAACCUCAUGGGAACUAAAUUUACAGUCUAUGACCAUGGAGUUAGCCCAGUCAAGGCACGAAAUGUAGUGGAAAAGGCUGAUAUGAGACAGGAGCUUGCAGCUAUUUGUUAUGAAACCAAUGUGUUAGGAUUCAAGGGUCCCAGAAAAAUGUCUGUGAUCAUUCCAGGAAUGAAUAUGAAUCAUAAGCGAAUUCCAAUCCAUCCACGAAAUGAACAGGAGAGUCUGCUGUCAAAAUGGCAAACCAAAAAUUUAGAGAACCUCAUUGAGUUGCACAACAAGGCUCCAGUCUGGAAUGAUGAUACACAAUCCUAUGUUUUGAAUUUCCAUGGGAGAGUCACUCAGGCCUCAGUGAAGAACUUCCAGAUUGUCCAUGACAAUGACCCUGACUACAUUGUGAUGCAGUUUGGUCGUGUAGCAGAAGAUGUGUUCACUCUGGACUAUAAUUAUCCUCUCUGUGCUCUUCAGGCCUUUGCUAUUGGACUCUCCAGCUUUGAUAGUAAAUUGGCCUGUGAAUGAGAGACAACAGACUUGAAACAUGGAACUCACGCCCAUCCCUGCAUCUUGGUGUAAGAGUUCCAGGUGGAGUAAUGAAAAGCACAUUGGGGAUGGAAGGGAACUGGAGGACAGAUUUCUGCAGGAAAAUUAGAAACCAAAUAUGAGGCCUCAGAGCAUGACGGUAGUUGACAGUAGACCAUCUGAGGACACUGUCCUAAGACUUAAGCAGUCUCUCUACGUAUUGUGGAAGAACAAAGAAUAAAGGUGAUGUUUUUGUCAUCAACGUUGAUUCUGCUUUCAGAAUCCUUCUAACAGAUGCUACAUGAGAGCAAGCUAGGGGAAUUUAGCCCCACUGGAACCCCUUGCAGGUAGGAUUAGAAAAAUAACACUUUAGUGGUUCAUAUACCUUGGAACUUCCACAGUGCUGCUGGAGAUGAUGCUACUGAUCUGAUGAGGAACUCUUGGGUUCCUGAUCAGACGAAUUCAGAAAAAAAGGAGGACAAUUAUGGGCAUGUCUUCUGUUUUACCCUGUGUCGCAUUUUGCUGUCUGUCACACCAGUCAGACACAGAAGGAUUCAGGUUAUGGCUCUGUGCAGCCGUAGGUAACGUUCAACAAAUGCAGAGGUGGAAGGAGAUAUUGGCUCUAAUAAAAAAACUUUUCUCUUACUUUGUGGGAUGAUUCUCUGUUAAGGCUGAUAGUCCAGUUCCCUUUCAUUAUUCUAAUUGCUCCUUAUCCUGUGACAGUCUUUUUACCAAAUAAAGAACAAUCAAAUCUCAAAUGCUCCCUUUUUAGUUGGUGAUAUUAUACCCACUGCAGUUUCUGCUAAUCUUAACCAUGUGAAAAAUGAAACUGAAUAGGUGAUUGAAUGUGACUGAAUUUGGCAGAAGGUAGUAUUGUAACAAUAUACAAUAUUCUUCCUGAAAAGCAGUGUUCUGAUUGAUUGAAUCUAGACUCUAAGCUGAUCAGAAAUAUUAUUAAUUUGUCCAUUUUUUUUUGUAAAAUUUGUUAAGUUUUUAGGAAUAAGUUAGUGACGUGACUGAUUUCAUUAUUUCUAAUGUGAGAUUAUCUCAAGUCAUGACAUAUUAAAGUAGAUUUUAUAGAAAUAAUUUUAACCUGACUAUAAGAAGGAGUUACCUCAAAGGGAGACUAUAGGUGUUUUUGAGGCAUCAGUCAGAUUAAAAAAAAUUAAUAAAGGUAUGAGGGGCUUUGUGAUGUGUCCUUCCAGUGGAUGUACAAUAUAGAGACUGUAGGUCACAGCUCCUGGAUUCAUAUGGCCUUGAUUCAUCAGAGUGAAUUGCUGCACACUGUGAUGUGUAAACCUCGUAGUGCACACAACUGCUGUGUACUAAAGCAGAGAACAGUUACUAUCUUGCCUGUUUCAUGGCUGUCAGGCAUUUUCAUGAUGAUCCUGGAAAACUCUGUCCCUCUAUUGAGACAAGAAUAGGUGUUCUCCAGCUUUGGAUAUUGUCUCUGUUUCAAAAUCCAAAGAGCCAGAUUUAUUGCUUUUGGUCUCUGGAGUCUUUGCAGUGGUAGGUAUCACUUAGUCUUAAAAAAGAAAAAAAAAAUCAUAAUAAUGUGUAAACUCUGUAUUUAACUAUAAAUUAUGAAUUGAUACUGAGAACUCCAGCUCGUGUAUCUCUCAGUAGCUGGUGAGCCAUUGUCUUGAGAUGAUCUCAGCAGCAGAGCAGUCAGCAAAGAGAACUUGAAUCAUGGAUCUCUUUUGUGCCUUCAUGUACUUGCUACUCAUCAGGCUGGGGACAAGACCUGUUUUCCAGUUGUAUGCUCUUCAGAGUUCUUGGCUGAUGGCUCUGCGUUCCUUCUACCCACCCAGAAAAACCUAAAGUCAGUUUGUUGCCUGUCAGAUUAUUUUUCUGACUAGGACUGUGUGAAAGAAGCUGCCUUAUGUUACUUUGGGGUGACCUGAAGGUAGACUGCUAAUUUCCAAUUCAAGAUGAUUGUCUCUGUGCUCGGAAGGCCACAGAAGCAUCCCUUUACUGGCUGGUCACCAGUGGCCCUUCAAUCUAUUUGUUGACAUCAAAUGAUCGAAGCAGGGUCAGGGCCUCUGGGUCUCAGUCAAAUUAUGCAGACAGAUGAACUGAUUAAGUGCUCUUUUAUCAGAUACUGUUUUACAUGAGUUGUAUUUAUAACUCUUAUAUCUAAAUGAAAAUAAACUAAUUUAUAUAUUAAAAAAAAAUCCUUAAUUCUAAAUGAGGGUCUUUUUUGUAGGAUUUUUCUGUCAUUUGUGGGUGUUAUGUGUUCCUCAUGUACUAGAUAUUACUUCAGUUUUCUUCCUGUUGUCUUGUGUCUCCUAUCUCUUUUUAGUCUCCCUUUUCCUUUUUAAUUCUCAAUUCUCUUCCUUUGUGCUGUUUUUCCAUACACUUUUCUAAGUUUGGGAAUAAAUGUAAGGGUAGUCUCUCUAAUACCUCCAAUUAGGGCUUUUGAGAUGGUUCCUUAUGCGUUUUCCUUCUGUCCAUCUGAACCCAUUCUACUGUUGACAUACAAUGCCAUAUAUUUCUCAAUCAAGAACUGAAAUAAUACAAAGUUAAGAUGAAAAAAA